CCCAGUUAUACGAGUAUAAUUCCUGAUGUCAAAAUAGUGCGACAUUAAUAGUAUGCUCGUUGUUCGGUAAAGUCUGUUUAUAUUUUGGUCCUCCUUGCGUUUUGCCUUAUCUGACAGCAUCCUAUAAACCACUGCUCUGUGAUUGGACUUUAUUUUGAAUGUAGCGUAAUUACUUGUUGUCGAUAUAAGCAGAUUGUGAUAUAAUGACAGGUAAAAAGUCGUCAAAAGAGAAAAAACGAAAACAUUCUCACUCCGAUGGACGGCAUCUAGAUAGAAAGAGGCGAAGCACAGAAUCCAGACCAAAGGAUGUGAAAAGUGAUCGUGAGAAUGAGGGUGUAGAAGAGCCAAGUGAUAUUGAGGAAGGAGGAUUAAACUUAAGUGUGCCUUUCAAACCUAUUAGUGCCUAUAUCACUGACAGGAAAGAGAUGCUGGAACAGUGCUUCAGAGUUAUAGGAGAAAAAACACUUCAAAAAAUGCUUCCUGAUGAAUUAAAGAACUGUUCUUAUGAUGAAAUCAAAAAACUUUGCAUGGAUCAACUAGAGCAAAUUUCAGAGAAAAAUCUUCUCCAAAUUCUUGAAGGUGAAGAUUUGCCUCCAUCUGCUGAGAUUAAAGAUGAUGAGAAAGGAGUACAAAUGAGGAAAACUGACACAGAAACACAGCAGGAUAACAGAGUGGAUUCUACUUCUUCAUUCAAACAGGCUGUUGGAAAUGAAGAACAUAAACAAGGACCUGCUUCAGGGGAAGAAAGUGAUGCACUCAGUAUUAAUGCAGAUACAUAUGACAGUGAUAUAGAAGGACAUAAAGAAGAAACUGAAGAAAAGGAGAAGAUAACAGAGGAAAGUGAUACUGCAGCUGCAAAAAUACAAAACCAAGACCCCAAAAAAGAGCUACAGAAGGAUAUUGAAAAGAGUGUAAAUGAAAUUCUGGCUUUAACAGUUCCCAAUCAAGUGGACCCCAAAUCAACACCACCUGUAGAGCCUGUAGCAGUUGCAGCUGAGGCCUUAGACACUAAUAAACCUUUAACAGGACUACAGCCAUCAGUUCAGCAAUUGGAACUCCUUGAACUAGAGAUGAGGGCAAGAGCGAUCAAGGCAUUGAUGAAGGCUAAUGAAGCAAAGAAGCAGGCACUGGGCUAAAGCAUCAAGUUUCAAGAAGCGUAUUUCUGUUGAGGGAAUGAAAAACAGUUCAUGAUGGUAUUUGUUAACUGCCAUUUGGCGAAAAAGGCUUUAUAAAAUAAUGUUGAAAAUGUGUUUAGUAUGUGGUAAAUGUCUGACUGUUAUUUCAGAAAAUAAAUUUAUUUUAUUACUUA